UCUGGAGCCAAAUCCACACCGAUCUCUAGGAUUUUUGUAUAUGUUCCUCGAGCCUCGCUCCUUGAUAUACACUCUUGACAUGUGCCGAAUAUUUUAAUCUUCGAACCUUUUAAUUGUUCAAAAUAAAACAAAAAUUUUAUGAAAUUUUUUUGAAUAAUUUACCUUUUAAACAACAUUUGUUUUUGCUAUUUUCUCUGUUGGAUUUAUAUAAACACUUUAAAAUAUUAUUAUUUUUUCGUUUUUUAAUUUAAAGGUUUCUAUACCUUUCAUUUUUUAAUUACAUUUUAAAAUUUUUUUUCUUCUUUCUAGAUUUUUAAAUUAUUUUUUUGAAUUAAAAAUUAUGAAUUCAUCUGUUGCUCUUGUUUGGAGAACUUUGUGUUCACUUAGCAUUCUUUCACUUGCUCAUUGUGCUUAUAGCGCUGCUCAGCAUCGUUCAUAUCUUCGUUUAAUUGGUCAACCAUUUACUUGUUUACCAAUAGAUUUGUUGGUUCAAACAAUUAUUAGUCUUUUAAUCGCGAUGAUUUCUACAGCUUUUGUUGUUGGCGAAUUUCAACCGAUUCGAGCUGAUUUUUUGACUUCAAAAAAAUCUUGGGAUACAAUUGGUAAUUGCCCUUCUUUUUAUAUUUUUGAUCAUCGUGGAAAAUGUUUAUUGCCUAAAUUUGAGGUUGAUGAAAUUUAAGGAUGAAUUUGAAAGGUUUAUUUUUUAUUUUAAAGAGACAGAUCUCUUUCUAGUCUUUUUUAUAAUUAUUGUCCAAUUGAACUUAGAUAGUUAAACCUCUUUAUUUUUUGACUUUUUUGUGGCUAUUUCAAAAAAUAUUGUUUAAGUAAUUGUGUAUAGAAUUUAAUUUUAAGAAAACUGUAGGAGGGCCUUGCUGAAUUCUUCUAAUUUUUUUCUUUUUAAUUUUUCCCCUUGCGAAUCGUGCCAGGCUUCUCUUUCGAUGAGCAACUUUCUGAAAUCAAUUUUUAGUU